CAGAAAUUACCACUUACUAUUUCUUAGGCUUUUUCUGGUUCGGAUCCAAAAUCAUUUUCGGAGCAGAAACUACAGCGGGCAUGUCGUCACCAGCGAACGAUCCACGGCAACCGUCGACGGCAAAGCCGUACAAGCCUUCGCCGGUCGCUCCACAAGAUCUUCCUAUAGAUUACUCCGGCUUCAUAGCCGUCAUCUGCGGCGUCUUUGGUGCCAUGUUCAGAUACAAGAUUUGCUCGUGGCUUGCUAUUAUAUUCAGUGCUCAAUCCCUUGCUAACAUGAGGAAUAUGGAAAAUGAUCUUAAGCAGAUCUCAAUGGCCAUGAUGUUUGGUAUUAUGGGUCUCAUGACAAACUACUUGGGUGUUGGUCCCCGGGGAGGCAAGAAAACUUGAUGGAUUUCAGGCACAAACUCAUUUAUAAGAACAUUAAUGUCAAACAUGUGGACGUCGUCCUGAAAUAUUUGCACUGUUUUGAUGAUUCUGAGCUAAAUGAAGUUGUAGAAUAGGUUUUUUUUGUAGUUUGAGCUCUUUUUACAGGGCUAUUCUGUUCUAAGUUCUAAUUGCUCUUAGCAAAAACUAGACAAUUAUUAUUGUGGUGAUAUAACAUUCUGCUAGCGAAUCCAUGUUUCUCUAUCCUUCCAACUUCCACUAUAUUUCAAUUUAUGUCUUGUAAUGAUGGAAACAGCUAAAGAUUAACUACUCUUCAGUAUUCACCUCCAA